UCUUGCUCUAGGGAUAUGCUUCUUUUACAGUGUCUAAACGGAACGUUGAACCUCUGCGGACUAACUCGGCAUGAGCGAAAAGUCGCCUCCAAGGCACUUGGCAAGUGCCUCGUGUCGUCGUUGUCCACAAGAAACUUCUUCACUGUGCUCUUAGGGCUGCUGAGAGUUGGCCUGCGAUUCGCCUUGCGAGUUGCCUUUCCUGGCUCCACUUCCGUGGUGUAUCCAUUCUGGGUACGAGUCAAGAGCUUCUUCAGAAGGAAGAAGCAACCCGAGCCAAGCACAAUAAUUUUCACUACAAGACCCUGCAACGACACAGUUCCAGUUUUUUUCCCGGAUUUCCUUGGAAUCGCUGAUUGCGUUCAUCUCGAACACUUCAUGUGCAGCAGGUCAGGCCAGAUGGAUAUUGGAUCGACGUUGGUGACUUCAGUGCUGUCUAUGGUCGUGUGCAUCCUCAAGAAGCUGCCAUUCUUCAACGUGCUACGGCUACUCCGAGAAGUAGUGUGCAACUUAUUGACCCUGGUGGCCAACUUCUUCAAGAACAGUAAACGCUUGGCCUUUAUGGCACCUCUCAUGGAACUGGUUCAGAUAAUCUUGCAAUGUAAACUUGAAGAAGCCUUACCUACGCCGACAAUGUACCCACCUUUGCCGACAGAAGUGGCCCCAUCUCUGCCAAAAGAGGCCUUGCCUGGGACGAAAGAGGCCUUGCCUGUAACGAAUGAAACCCUUCCUGUACCUACAGAGGCAUCGCCUGUGCCUGCAGAGGCAUUGUCUGUGCCCGCAGAAGCCUUAUCUGAGCCGGCAAAUGUCUCACCUUUUCCAUCAGAGAACGGACUUGCGGGGAACCCGUCGGUUUAAAAGUUGGUCAAUAAAGGCGCACUUACAAACGCUAGCAAAUGCAAA